AUGGAGCGUUCUGGGACCAUUCUCUUCUUUGGAGACAACUCAACGCCUGUCACCUCGUCUCUCUUGCAACUGCUGGAGUCCGAGCGCAGGGAUUCUUUCCUCUCAAAAUUUCUUACAUUGUCAAAGGCUGUGCUUCGUGAUAGCAUUGAACAGCUGCCAUUGAAUGUACGACAGGAUGCUCGGAGAUUUAUAGAGCUGUACGACUUGACGGAUCCUCAACAUGAAAAUUCUUCGAGUCUUCGCCUGCUUUCUCCUGCUCUUUUAGUGAUCACGCAGUUGGGCCAGUUUAUAUCCUGGUACGAGACACAUCCCCACGUCGAGUAUCCCAGCGCCAAAAACUCUGUUUACAUUGGGCUUUGCGUGGGACAAUUAUCCGCCGCGGCAAUCAGUUUGUCCACCAAUCUAUUCGAGCUCAUUCCUCUGGCAGUCGAGGCUGUCCGACUGGCAGUGAGCUUGGGGAAUUUGGUUUUCACGGUCCGAGAUGACCUUGAGUAUGAUACUGAUGGAGCUGUGUGGGCCUUGAUGGUCGACAACGAAAUAAUAGACAAGAAACUUCUGGAUUUAUCCUCGGAGGCUCUCGGGCUUCCUAGCAGGAAACAACCUUAUGUCUCGGCAAGGUUCGAGAACACUACGACAAUCCAAGGACCACCGACUACGUUGGCCAGAUUGAAACAAUCCCUGGCCAGUGUGAAAGAAUCGGCUUCAAACUUGUCCGGGCGCCCUGUCGCGAUCUAUGCACCGUAUCAUGCUUCGCAUCUCUACACCGAAGCGGACGUGCUGAGGCCGAUUGAAAGUUUCUCUUCAAUUCGAAAUGUAUACAACACCGAGAUCUGUAACAAAGAUCAACCAGCGAUAUUGUCGACAAGUUCAGGGUCAAUCAUCCCACUAAACAGUCGUCAAGGCUUACUCAACGCCGUCUUGAGCGAUAUUCUCGUUCAUCCGAUCGAGUGGAGUAGCAUCAUCAAUGGCGGAAUCUCGAGCGUACUGUCCCUCGGUCACACCAAGUGGCAAACGCAAUGUUUUGGACCAAUUCACUCUCAGAAACUAUUGGUCGCUGCCAUUAGCGCCGGCGCUGGGGUGGAGGUUUCCCUGGCAGACACCAACAUUCAAGUCCCAAAGAGCCAUGGUAGAGACACGGCAAACACCCCUAUAGCAAUCAUUGGAAUGGCAGGCAGAUUCCCCGAUGCAGAUAGUGUGGAGGAGCUAUGGAAGCUUCUCUCAGACGGUAUUGACUGUCAUAAAGUGAUUCCAUCUGACAGAUUCGACCCGGCGACACAUCUUUCAAAAGACAAAGGCGCUUCGGUGUACGGUAACUUCAUGAAAAGCCCUGGCAUGUUCGAUGCGCGCUUCUUCAAUAUGUCUCCUAGAGAAGCGAUGCAGACGGACCCACAGCAGAGAUUGGCCCUGGUUACCGCGUACGAGGCCUUGGAGAUGGCGGGCUAUGUGCCGGGUCGGACGUCGUCUACGCGCCUGGAGCGGGUCGGCAGCUUUUAUGGCCAGACGACGGAUGACUAUAAGGACGUGAAUAUUGUUCAGGACAUUGAUACAUACUACGUGUCAGGCGUUGUGAGGGCUUUUGGUCCUGGACGCGUAUCGCGUGCAAAUCAACUUGGAGGUCCUUGUCUUAGUGUCGACACGGCCUGUUCAUCGAGUGCAACGGCACUCAACCUCGCUUGCACAUCCAUAUGGAGCGAAGAAUGCGACACAGCAGUGGUCGGCGGCAUGAUGCUUCUCAACAGCCCCGAUAUGUAUGCUGGCCUUGCUCGAGGCCAUUUCACCUCCGACAACGGGCCCUGCAAGACCUUCGACGAUGACGCGGAUGGUUAUUGUCGCGGCGAGACCGUCGCUAGCGUGGUCCUGAAACGACUAGAUGCCGCCCAGGCAGACAACGACAAUGUUCUCGGCGUCAUUCUGGCGGGCGGAUCGAACUAUUCUGCGUACGCGGCAUCAAUCACGCAGCCUCAUGCAGGGGCCCAAGAGAGUCUGUUUCGGAAGGUUCUGCGCCAAGCGGCCGUGCAUCCGUUUGAAGUAGACUAUGUGGAGCUUCACGGCACAGGGACGCAGCUGGGUGACUCGGUGGAGAUGACUUCUGUUACGAAUGUCUUGGCACCAGAAAGCCCUCGUCGGCCUGCAGAAAGCCCGUUAUAUGUUGGCUCGGUCAAGGCAAAUAUCGGACACGGGGAAUCGGCGUCUGGUAUCUCGGCCUUGAUAAAAGCACUCCUGCUGUUUCAGAAAGAGAACAUUCCCCCUCACGUCGGCGUGAAAAGCGGACGACUGAAUCGCAAAUUCCCUGCAUUGGAUGAGCGGAGAGUCAAAAUUGCCGAUGACUUAGUCCCGUUCUCUGCUCGCGCUGGUCGCAAGCGAAGGAUUCUGAUCAAUAAUUUUGGCGCGGCAGGUACUAAUUCUAGUUUACUGCUUGAAGAGGGAGUUUAUCCAGCAUCUGCCCCGAAAAAGACACUCGAACGCGAGCACCUGAUUAGUAUCACGGCGAAGUCGGCCUCGUCACUUAUCGGAAAUCUAAGGAAUCUGGCUUCGUAUCUUGAUACAAACCCGCAGACAAGUCUGCUGGAUCUGGCCUAUUCGACAACAGCGCGAAGAGUGCAGCAUCCACUCCGGGUUUCUAUCGUGGCCUCUACUAUUGACGAGGCCAGGACCCAGUUGUGGUCUAGAAUUGAGAAACAGGACUUUGGAUCGUCCUCGAAGACGCCGAACAUUGUGUUCGCAUUCACCGGGCAAGGUGCGCUCUACCGGGGGGUUGGGAAGCAAUAUUUCGAGCACAGUAAAAGCUUCCGAGCGGAGUUGACUCGCUUUGAGCGCAUCGCUACAGAUCAGGGAUUCACCCCUUUCCUGGACGAUGUCAUGAAUUGCAAUGGAAACCCCAAGGAUCUUUCACCGGUGCAAACACACCUCUUCCAUACCGCAGUUCAAAUGGCUCUUUUCAAGCUUUGGUCGUCGUGGAGCAUUGUGCCCUCGGCAGUGAUCGGCCAUAGCCUUGGGGAAUACGCGGCAUUGUAUGCAGUGGGAGUUCUGUCCGCCAACGAUACGCUGUAUCUGGUUGGUACUCGCGCUACUUUGUUAGGGUCUCUCUGUACCCGGGACACACAUGCUAUGCUGGCCGUCAAUCUGCCACUGGAGCGAGUGCUGGAGGUCCUGCAGGGUCAAAUGAAAGAUCUAGAAGUCUCGUGUUUUAAUGGACCCCGAGAUGUGGUAUUGAGUGGGCCCGGUAGCUUGAUUCAGGACACGGAGAAGCACCUGAAAGCAGAUGGCAUAACGUGCACUAUUCUCAACAUUCCAUACGCAUUCCACUCCUCGCAAGUCGAGCCAAUCCUAUCCGCUUAUGAAACCGCAGCACGGAACAUUACUUUCUCCAACCCUCGCAUUCCUGUCCUCUCGACCUUAUUGGGAGAAGAAAUCAUAAGCGCAAACAGAUUCAAUCCAGCGUAUCUUUCCCGUCACGCUCGCGAGCCAGUCAAAUUCUUCGACGCCUUGAAAGCUGGACAAGUGACUGGAAUUGUUCAACCUGAAACUGUGUUCUUAGAAGUAGGCCCUCACCCAGUAUGUCUGGGCUUGAUUGGGACAGCUCUGGGCUCCCCUGAGCGUCUGCUUCCGACCCUUCGACGCCAGGAAGACCCGUUUACCACCACCUGCAAGACACUCGCUUCGCUGAGUACCAAGGGCUAUGAAAUUGAUUGGAAUGAAUAUCACAAUAGCUUCGCGGAUCAGCCGAGGCUUCUGAACCUCCCUGCUUACGCAUUCGACGAGAAAAAGUAUUGGAUCGAUUACAAGGGUAACUGGCUAUUGCUACGGAAUGGGGACAAAACCGCUUCUGUGACUCAGUCUUCAAAGCGACUAACAACCACUGUCCAAAACGUUCUGUCGGAAACGGAAGUUAAGAAUAAUAGAGUGUCGGCCGUGUUUGAGUCAGAUCUUGCUGAACCGGCACUCCAUGCUUUGAUUGCGGGACAUGUUCUGAAUGGUGUGGCACUUUGUCCAUCGGGUGUGUUCUCAGAUAUUGCCUUGACUGUGGCAAAUUACUUCCGAGAGAGAUUCCAGUUCAGUGGUCCGGCCUCUGGCAUGAACGUCGUCGACCUGCACAUGAUGAAGCCGGUGACGAUGCCAGUCGAACGCCCAACUCAGCCCAAGCCCCUACGCAUUACAUCCCAGGCAGACUUAGGGACUGGUCGCGUCGAUAUUCAAGUGGGCAUGUGGAACCCGCAGACCGAGGAAGCGGAGAGCAACGCGACUUGCCACGUUGAGUUUGAUGACGCGCAAGCCUGGCUACGAACUUGGAACAAGCACGCGUAUCUCAUCCUGGAGCGCAUGACCGAUCUCGAAAGAGGUGUGGUCAGGGGAACAACGAGUCGGAUAUCCCACGAGAUGGUGUAUAAGUUGUUUUCCACCGUCGUCGACUACGACCAAAAGUACCACGGCAUGCAAGAAGUCAUUGUUGACUCAGAGAAGCUGGAGGCGGUGGUUUCAUUGUCGAUGUAUCAAGGUCGCGAUGCAGGGACAUUCUUCUGCUCGCCUCUCUGGCUAGACAACCUUGCCCAGAUCGCGGGCUUCGUGAUGAAUGCUAUCGGGACAGUCAACCCACGGGAAUUUACCUACAUAUCUCAUGGCAUCAACACAUACCAGAUCGCGGAGGAGAUUCGUCCAGAGCUGCCGUACCGAGCGCAUGUUCGGAUGAUCCCAGAGGGGAAGAGCGUUUAUGCGGGCGACGUGUCGGUCUUUCAGGGUGAUCGAAUGGUCGCCUGUUGUGGGGAUGUCAAGUUCCAGAGAAUUCCCCGCGCAUUGAUUGACAAGAUACUCUCAUCGCCAGGAGCAUCUGGAGCGACGAAUGCAAAACCGAACGCGCCGCGCGUGGAAUUAACGGCCAGGAAUGUUGAUUACAUUACGUCCAAGAACAUCAGCUUCAGGAAAGAGGUCAGCGAGCCGAGAACGCCUGAACUGAAAGGAUUGAUUGCGUCGCAGAUCGGCAUCUCGACGGACGAGCUUUUAGAGGAUAGCAGGUUCAAUGAAUUGGGAGUCGACUCACUUCUCUCAAUGACUAUCCUGUCGCAGCUUCAGGACUCCCUCGAGAUCCAGCUCCCGGGCUCACUGUUUACUGAUUUUCCCACGUUUGGUGAGCUGCAGGACUACGUGCAAAGUAUCACGCGAGAUCAAACAACCGGUGCUCCGACUCCUGGAUCAGUCAGCCCGGGGCCUACUACUCCAUCGCCUCUGAGCGAAUACAAGGAGACACCGGGGAGUCAUUCAGUCGACGCCCGUCUCCUGGAAGUGUACACCAUCAUCGCGGACGAAAUCGGCGUCGAAGUCCAAGAGGUUAUCUCAACCGACGAUCUAUCAGUUCUCGGCCUGGAUUCAAUGAUGGCCAUAUCAAUAGCUGCCGCACUCGACGAGAAACUCGGUGUUCACGUUCCCUCCGAUUUCUUCGGCGGCUUGUCUUCGACAAAAGACAUCCACAAUGCCCUGAGCGAUCAGUUCGGCAUGCCUCCGCAGCCCACACCAGCACCCAAAGCAGCCCAGAAACCGAGUAAGAGAAGCCCUUCAUCCCUCUCCUUCCCAUCCUCGAUCAUCCUCCACGGAUCAGCCCCCGCAGACCGAACCCUUUUCUUGUUUCCGGACGGGAGUGGGCUUGCCACUGCGUAUGCCAAAAUCCCACCGAUGUCGAACACUCGCGUCUGCGCAUUAAACAGCCCGUUGCUAAACCCGGCCAACAGUCACUUAGCUACCAUUGAGGCGAUCGCCGCGGAGAUGCUCCAAGUGAUACGAUCCCGGCAGCCUCGCGGGCCGUAUCUUCUCGGCGGGUGGUCGGCCGGCGGCAUGUUUGCGUUCGAAGCGGCGAGACAGGUGCUAGAAUCGGGUGAGCAGGUUGCGGGGCUUUUGGUGAUCGACUCGCCUUGUCGAUUGGUAUUUGAUGCCAUGCCACGUGAGAUCUUGGAUCUGAUCGUCGGAACCGGGGUAGGAGCUAUGAGUCCUGCCGUGAUUGAGAAUUUUGAGCGCACGAUCCAAGCGGUGGAACGGUACUCUCCUGCUCCGUUGCCGGGUGGUCACUCCUACCCGACAACGCUUAUUUGGGCAAAGGAUGGAUUAGCGAAGGAGUUGGAUAUUUCUUCCCUUGAUCUCGAUUGCGAUCGGAACAUUGUGGAGUGGCUGGUUAAGAGAGGCGGAGCGCUGGAUGCGCAGGGCUGGGAUGAAUUGAUUCCGAAAGCCGAUAUUAAGAUUCAUACGGUGUCGGGGAAUCAUUUCAGUAUGAUGCAGGUGCCUAACACUACAUAUGUGGGAUCGGCGAUUGCGCAGGCUCUUCAUGACCGGCUGGAUUAG